CUCAGCCUCGGACCUUGAGUAGCAUGAAACGGCUGGUGACGCAACACAUCAGUUCAGUUUACAUCAAGUAGUUGUCGAGGCUAGACGUGCGUUAAAAGUAAUAAUAAUGUCGAAGCCAGAAGAAGCCGCGCCGGCUGAACAGACCCUAUGGGACGAAGUCACCAGCCCAAUCAAUCUGAUCUUGAUUCUUGUGAUUGUGUACCUUGUGUAUAAGAUUGUGAAGUCCAAGUUCGAGGGUGAUGUUGAAGUGCCCCCCCCUCCGCCGGCCCUUCCGAAGAUCCGGAAAGAUUUGACUGUGGCCGAGCUCGGGAAGUUUGAUGGCACGCAGCCGGACGGGCGAGUGUUGCUUGCAGUAAACGGAACGAUAUUCGAUGUCACCCGAGGGAAGAGGUUUUAUGGUCCAGGAGGCCCAUACUCAGCGUUCGCCGGUAAAGACGCGACCAGGGGUCUAGCCACUGGGCAAGUAGCUGCGUCCGACAAGGAGUUUGAUGACGUCAGUGACCUCACAGCUGAUGAACUUGCCUCGGCCAAGGAAUGGGAGGAACAAUUUAGAGAGAAGUACGACAUUGUGGGGAACCUCCUGAAACCGGGAGAAACAGCCAAGUCGUACAGCGACGACGAGAGCGAAACCAAGAAAAGUCUGUAAUUAGUUAAUAAUUAUAUUUUAUAGAAUAAGGAUUUAUACAAUAAAAAUAACGACUGUUACAAUACAAUUUUUAAGAUUA